AGCUAUGGGCUGGUGAGGCGGCUGGCAGAUUUCAUCGACCCGCAAGAAGGGUGGAAGAAGUUGGCAGUUGAUAUAACCGAUCCCUCCGGUGAAAGCAGAUACAACCAGAUGCACAUAAGGUCCUAUAUAGAAGUCAUGUAACACAAUCUUGUUUUUUGGCUGUUUAACGUAAAUACGGUUGUCCAUCCCGUUACUGUAACUGGUUGCAGUUUGUGUGCUGGCAGGUACUUAAGAACUCAUCUUACAGUACCGUUUCCUUAGGGAACUCGAGGUAAUUACUCUUAAUUGUUCUGUAGUUCAGUUUUCAGACAAGCUAUAGCCAAAGAAAAUUGACUACGGAAAUUAGGAUUAAUUAGAGCCACGGACAUAUGUAUUUUUAGUGAUACAGCAUUGGCUGUGUAACUUUUCCAUGCCCUAGAGACUACUAAACAUCGACUUCGUCGUGCAUCUCACACAAGAACAGCACAAGAGACAACUGGACUGUAACCUGUAAUUCACUGUUCCCACGAAAAUGUCCAGCAAACACGAGGAGCCUGAGGCCUAAACCUAACAAGUUUAAUUUAAAAGAGAUUUGAAGCUUUUGUACAAAUGGGAAAGAGCCCCACGUGUGAAUUACUUUAUGACUGGGGAACGACAAACUGUACGGUUGGUGAUCUUGUGGAUCUGCUGAUUAGGAAUCAAUUCCUAGCACCAGCAAGCCUUUUGCUUCCAGAAGCUGUAAGGAUGGCACAAGAAGUUACAUUACCUCUUUCUUCACAGGAAACCUUGCCUAUACAUGAGAAACAACUGCCUGUACAGGAAAAAGAAGUGGCAUCUGUAAAGCCUGUUUUAGUUCAGAGUACUGAGAAGCAAUGUUCAGCUCCUCCCUACUUAAGUCAAGAAAAUAGCAGCUCACAGUCUAGUAACACAGAUUUCCAUAAUUUUUCGUUUCAUGACUUGGAAAGUGUUACAAAUAAUUUUGAUGCGCGACCAGAAUCAGCUGGAGGUAAUAAACUGGGAGAAGGUGGCUUUGGUGUUGUGUUCAAAGGCUACAUCAAUGGCAGAAACGUGGCUGUCAAGAAGCUUGUUGCUAUGGUUGAUGUUAGUGUUCAGGACUUGAAACAGCAAUUUGAUCAAGAAAUAAAAAUGAUGGCGAAGUGUCAGCAUGAGAAUCUAGUAGAAUUACUUGGUUUCUCAAGUGACGGUGCUCAGCCAUGUCUGGUGUACGAAUACAUGCCCAAUGGUUCAUUGCUUGACAGACUUGCUUGUCUGGAUGACACUCCACCAAUUUCUUGGAAUACAAGAUGUAAAAUUGUUCAAGGUACAGCAAAUGGCAUCAACUUUUUGCAUGAAAAUAAUCAUAUUCACAGAGAUAUUAAAAGUGCAAAUAUCUUAUUAACUGAUACAUAUAUGCCCAAAAUUUCUGACUUUGGACUUGCAAGAGCAUCUGUAACAUUCACACAAACAAUCAUGACUGAAAGAAUUGUUGGAACAGCAGCCUAUAUGGCACCUGAAGCUCUGCGAGGAGAGAUAACACCUAAAUCUGAUAUCUUCAGUUUUGGAGUAGUUUUACUAGAAAUAAUAACAGGUCUUCCUCCAGUAGCUGAAAACCGGGAGCCACAGUUACUGCUGAGUAUCAAAGAUGAAAUUGAGGAUGAGGAAGCAACUAUUGAGGAUUAUGUUGAUGAAAAGAUGAGUGACUGGGAUGCACCUUCAGUUCAUAAAAUGUAUUCGGUUGCUCAUCAUUGUCUGAAUGAGAAAAAAACCAGAAGGCCAGACAUAAAGAUGGUCCAACAGCAUCUACAAGAGAUAAAAACUUGAUACAUGUUUCUUCUGAUACACAAAAGUUUUUGAAAUGUUUAGCAAAUAUUUUAUUAGUAUUUAGUGUGGCAUUAUCAGCGUUUCUGCUUUCCAGAACUUUCUGGUGUGCAUAUAAGGUGUGCUGUUGGCCUGUCACCACUGUGCUGCUUUUGUUAACUGAGCAGCCUUUUCGCAUAUCCUCAGCCACUGGGCCCUCAGCAUGAGAAAACUUUUUUUGUAUGGACAAAUUGCAGUGCUGGUGCAUCUUCUCCACAGCUUUUUAAAUGCAUUUCCAUAUUAGAAUCUAUUUAAUUCCUUUGAUUUGCAAGUAUCAAGUACGUCAGCUGCAAAAGCAUAUGACAGUAACGAGUAGCAUGUUUUUUUCUGCAAAGUGCUUUUUUGAUCAGGUGUACUAACCUUUUUCUAUUGAAGACAACAUUUAAUAGAUACAAAUGGCCCUUAUGUUGUCUUUUGGGGAGAAGACAAUAGUUGUACCCAUUUAAAACAAACUUUAGUGUUUUAACUUGAGAGUUCAUAUCAGUGUGAAUGGACUGGUAGUGUUUGUGAAUGUGACUAUUUUUUAAAAAGGUUAGUUUUAGUCAAAUAAACGCUGCAAGACAUAUUCUAA